GUAGGAAAUUGAAUCAAAUUGAAUUUCUGCCAAGGCAUCUGGCCAAAGAAUGGCGUCAUCGGUAAAAAUAUAUGUACACUAUGCAGACAGUUGACGCACGGUGUCCACGCCUACCAACAGAUUGCAGCAGGUCUUUUGUAAGGAUCCACCCGCACAAUUAUAUUAGUCAGAAGGUAGGCUUCUCGGUCAAACGAGCGUAAGUUCAUUGCAAAGUGAAAAUCGUUUACUCAACUGGCUUUUUUUCUGCUGCAAGUCAGGCGAUUCGACCAGGGCCUAACCCCAAACCCAGUGUCCCGUCUAUCUAGGGCAGGUCAAAGACUUCGGCACCAUGGCAACUUACCAGGGAACAAUAACCGAAGCCCCACAGUUUGACCGGGAACAAGAUGCGAUCGUACUGCGCAAGGCCAUGUCAGGAAUAGGUACGGACGACAAAGCCAUCAUUGAUGUGUUGACGUCCCGUUCUAAUGCACAGCGCCAACAUAUAAGGGCGUACUACAAGACGGCCUUCGGUCGGGACCUCGUGGAACAGUUCCUAAGCAAGAUGAGCGGCAACUACCGAAAAACUGUUCGUGCGCUAAUGGACCCGCCAGUUGAAUACUACGCACGCUGCCUGUACCAAGCCACCGAGGGACUUGGGACGGACGAAAAGGCGCUGGUUGAGAUUCUUUGCACGAAGAACAAUCAGGAAAUAAGAGAGAUUAAAGUGGAGUACAAAAAAGCAUACAAGCGCGAUCUGGAGGACGACAUUGCUGGGGACACUAGCGGUCACUUCAGGCGGCUCAUGCUGUCCAUGUGCUCGGCUGGCAGAGACGAAAGCGCUUCCGUGGACGAGGAAAAAGCCAAGGCGGACGCCCAAGCAAUUUUUGACGCCGGCGAGGCGCGCUGGGGUACUGAUGAGUCUGUCUUUAACCGCAUUCUUGCAACGCGGAGCUACAGCCAACUGCGCGCCACCUUUGAUGAAUAUGAUAAGAUUUCUAAGAGAGGGAUUGAGGGCGCCAUUAUUAGCGAAACAUCUGGAGAUCUACUGGACGGCUACUUGUCGCUUGUGAAAAGCGUCCGAGAUACCCAGGCCUUCUUUGCUGAGAGACUAUACAAGUCUAUGAAAGGACUUGGCACGGAUGAUGAGAUGUUGAUACGGUGCAUUGUUUCCCGUGCAGAGAUCGAUCUUGCCAAGAUUAAAGAGAUUUUUCUGGCCAGUUACGGGCAGUCUCUUUCGGAUUUCAUCAGAGACGACACGAGCGGAGCCUAUAGGGAGCUGCUUCUUCGGAUAGUCAACGGCAACACGGCAUAAAAAGGUGCAACAUGUUUGCUCGAGGAAGCGGUUAGCCCUGCACUCCACGAAAUCUACGCGUUAAUUGUUCGCUGUAAUAUGCGUACCGGUAGCUAAUGACCUUUAUUGUCUAGAGUGUUCAUUGAUAGAGAAUAAUUAUUUUAUCAUUAAUACGGGAAUCAUAGGCCUACACCUUCCAUUGUGAAGCCUGACUUGAAUUGUAAACAGUAGCGUAUCCGGAUCGGGGCGCAGGGGGAAAUUUGCCCCCCCCCGGUUUUAUGUGUUUUUUUUCAUAAAGAAUAUUCAUUGGUGUUAAGAAAGUUUAUUUAUUGCUGCAUUUUGUCGUUUACAUUAAAACACAGACAUCAAAUCAUUAGUCAGAGCUCAUGCAGAGUACAUUAUGGAGAAAAGCUGAACCACUUUAUGAAUUGAACUGCCGAACAUCACUGCCUAAUUUCUUAUUGGAUAUUAAUUUUUGUUAAUCUCAAAUAAAUACAAAUCGACUGCAGAUGUUAUAAACUGACCCCAAAAAAGGAGUAUGCUGGUUUGGGGGUUGAACCCUGAGAAGUACCCCUUUCUGUAUCCGAAUAAUCAUGGUCAAUUCCUCUUCAACUGUGCAUUUAUUGAACUCUUAAAAAGAUAGGAUUUUAGGUCGAUCCCCCAAACUAAACAGCCCCACGCGGAUUUUUAAAACUUUGCUUGAAUGUAAAAACGUUUGUUAUGUUUCAGCAUGCAUUACUUUUAUCCUUGAUAUGAGAUCAUUUUGUACACUUCGAGCCCGUAUAUUUAUUUGCAUGUACACGUACAUCGUACAAAUUAAGAUAAAUUCUUUAAACACUUACCUCUACAUUAAUGAACAUUGUCGUCACCACAGUUGGUUUCUUCUUGUUCGCACGUUUCCUGUUACGUUCUGUCACAUGCCGAUUGUGCUCUUUUUGCACGUGUAGUUAGGACCUGCACGAGGCCUGGCAUGCGUUGUUUUAUGUGGGUCGCCUACAUCUCUCGGUAUUUACACGAAUGACUAUGCCCUGAAUAUUUACAAGAAUACCAUGUACAUAUCAACGUGACUGUGGGCCAUGAGAUGAAUAAAGUUAAGCCAUAGCAAAGGCUUGGUUUGAGACCUUUUUCCUGUGAUGUCA